AUGGAUACUCCCAGGAUCCUGCUCUCGGCUGUCUUCCUCAUCAGUUUCCUUUGGGAUUUGCCGGGUUUCCAGCAGGCGUCCAUCUCAUCUUCCUACUCGUCUGCGGAGCUGGGCUCCACCAAAAGCAUGCGGAGCCGCAAAGAAGGGAAGAUGCCGCGGUCGCCGCGAGAGAGUGCCGCGGGCCGGGCUCCCCCGGAGGACCAGGAGCCACAGCCCGGGCCGCAGGACGAGCCUCAGCAGCGGUCGCCUCAGCAGCCUCAAGCGCAGGAACCGCCAGAGAGAGGUCCGCGCGUGGUGCCCCACGAGUACAUGCUGUCAAUCUACAGGACUUACUCCAUCGCCGAGAAGCUGGGCAUCAAUGCUAGCUUUUUCCAAUCUUCCAAGUCGGCUAAUACGAUCACCAGCUUUGUAGACAGGGGAUUAGACGAUCUCUCGCACACUCCUCUCCGGAGACAGAAGUAUUUGUUUGAUGUGUCCACGCUCUCAGACAAAGAAGAGCUGGUGGGCGCGGAGCUGCGGCUCUUUCGCCAGGCGCCGGCAGCGCCCUGGGGGCCACCGGCUGGGCCACUCCACGUGCAGCUCUUCCCCUGCCUGUCGCCCCUGCUGCUGGACGCGCGGACCCUGGACCCGCAGGGGGCGCCCACGGCCGGCUGGGAAGUCUUCGACGUGUGGCAGGGCCUGCGCCACCAGCCCUGGAAGCAGCUGUGCUUGGAGCUGCGGGCCGCGUGGGGCCCGCUGGACGCCGGGGAGGCCGAGGCGCUCGCGCAGGGCGCCCAGCAGCCGCUGGCCCCGGACCUGCGGAGUGUGGGCUUCGGCCGGAGGGUGCGGCCCCCACAAGAGCGCGCCCUGCUCGUGGUGUUCACCAGAUCCCAGCGCAAGAACCUGUUCACUGAGAUGCGCGAGCAGCUGGGCUCGGCGGAGGCUGCGGGCCCGGGUGCGGGAGCCGAGGGGUCGUGGCCGCCGCCGUCGGGCGCCCCAGACGCCGGGCCUUGGCUGCCCUCGCCCGGCCGACGGCGGCGGCGCACGGCUUUCGCCAGCCGGCACGGCAAGCGGCACGGCAAGAAGUCGAGGCUGCGUUGCAGCAAGAAGCCCCUGCACGUGAACUUCAAGGAGCUAGGCUGGGACGACUGGAUUAUCGCGCCCCUGGAGUAUGAGGCCUAUCACUGUGAGGGCGUGUGUGACUUCCCGCUGCGCUCGCACCUGGAGCCCACCAACCACGCCAUUAUCCAGACGCUGAUGAACUCCAUGGACCCCGGCUCCACCCCACCCAGUUGCUGCGUGCCCACCAAAUUGACUCCCAUCAGCAUCCUGUACAUCGACGCGGGCAAUAACGUGGUGUACAAGCAGUACGAGGACAUGGUGGUGGAGUCCUGCGGCUGCAGGUAG